CUGGCGAGAACUUACUACGCGACAACAUCGAUUAUACCCUAUUGCAUUUGCUUUUGCAAUUCAAGUCUGCCAAAGACGAAUAAUACACCACGUGCAGUAGCCGAACACAGGACAACGCAACGUAUACCCCGAAGCAAAGCCGUUUGUUGAUCACCCCUCUUUCUUGCUCUUUAUCAACGGGAGCGAAGCAGGCGCAAUACAACAAAACAAAGCAGCCCUUUCCCGAAGUACAGCUGUCGAUAUUACUUUCGACCAUAGGAGUCACCGAGAAGCUGUUCGGUAACAUUUUUUAGCUGUCUCUACACUCUCUAUAGCAGCACAGCCGAUACAUAGCAACAAGUCAGCCGACCAAAAACGAGAGAAAUCGAACAACCGCGCCGCUUCCUCGUCACACACCGCCACCAUGGCUGACCAGCAGGAGGACUACAGUUCUCUCCCGCUCACAGAACGCUUUGUUCACAAGAUUUGGAAGGUUCGAAAAGAAGCAUAUGAAGAUGCCGCCAAAAAGUUCGCCCUUACCCCCGAUGAGUCCGAUCCGAUAUUCCGACCGUUUCUCAAUGAUGCUGGCAUGUGGAAGGGUGCCGUUGCCGAUUCCAACGUUGCUGCUCAGCAAGAAGGUGUCGCAUGUCUGUGUGCGUUUCUCAAAUACGCUGGCCGAGAUGCCUGUAUUCGCACAAGAGGACACACAAUCACACCGAUUGUCGAAAAGUGUCUAUCAUCAUCCAGAGCAGCAACAAAGCAAAACGCUGUGGAAGCGCUACUCCUUUACAUUGAGCUGGACGUUUCAGCACCAGUAAUUGAAGAUGUCCUGGGCGGUCUAUCCAACAAGGUCCCUAAAAAUGUCGCGGCUACACUCAAUGCCAUCAACCAGCUAGUCCACAACUAUGGUUGUAGAGUAAUUGACCCGAAGCCCAUUUUGAAGGCCUUGCCCAAGGCAUUUGGUGCUGCCGACAAGAAUGUGCGUGCAGAAGCAACGAACCUGACUGUCGAACUAUAUCGAUGGCUGCGCGAAGCCAUGAAACCCCUCUUCUGGGGAGAGCUUAAACCCACCCAACAGACCGAUCUCGAGGCGCAAUUCGAAAAGAUCAAAUCAGAGCCCCCUCCACAACAAGAACGUUUGCUGCGAUCUCAGCAAGCAGCAGCCGAAGCUGCUCCAGCCGGUGGCGAGGCGGAAGAAGAAGCUGAAGAUGACGCACAAGGAGAAGGAGAAUGGGAUGCAUUUGCUCUAGCGGAACCGCAAGACGUCCUCAAGAAGAUCCCACCCAACUUUAGUGAGAUGCUUGGCUCAGCCAAAUGGAAAGAUCGCAAGGAAGCGGUUGAUGCCCUCCACGCUGCUCUUGAUGUUCCGCGCAUCAAGGAGAGUGAUUUUGGAGAGGUGGCUCGUGGCUUGGCCAAGUGCAUGAAGGAUGCCAACGUUGCCGUCGUUAUUCAAGCAGCUCUAUGUAUCGAAUCGCUGGCAAAGGGUCUCCGAGAGGGAUUUUCCAAGUACAGAGCCAUUGUUAUGCAGCCAAUCAUGGACCGACUCAAGGAGAAGAAAGCAACCGUUGCCGACGCUCUUGCGGCAGCAUUGGAUGGAGUUUUCGAGGCCACCAGCUUGACUGAUUGUUUCGAGGACAUUACCACGUAUUUGGGAAAUAAGAACCCUCAAGUGAAGGAAGGCACUAUGAAGUUCCUAAUUCGUUGCCUGCGAACGACAAAGACGGUCCCCGCCAAGCCGGAAAUCGUGUCUAUCUGCGACUCGGGCAAGAAGCUGCUCUCAGAAUCAAGCCCAGUUCUGAGAGAUGGUGGAGCUGAGAUUCUUGGUACCGUCAUGAAAAUCAUUGGUGAGAGAGCCAUGACGCCUCAUAUGGAGAGCUUGGACGAGAUCCGUAAGACCAAGGUCAAGGAAUUCUUUGCUACGGCAGAAGUCAAGGCCAAGGAAAAGCCCAAGGCGCCACCUCCCGCUGCUAGAGCCCCCCCUGCUGGCGCUAAGAAGGUCGUCCCAGGCAAGCGACCUGUUGCUAAGAAGCCUGCUGCCGCUCUGGCUCCAGAGCUGCCCCCCGCCGCUGCCCCCCCGAGAGCUGCUGGCCCUGGAAGCAAGUUGGGUAUGCCCAAGCCUUCUGGCCUUGGAGGGCUCAAGGGACCACAGAAACGCGCUGUUGGUGGCGCUGGCCCGCCAUCCCCACGAAGACCAGCUGCUGGGCCUCCCAUCAUGCCGUCUGACGAUGACAUGGGAGCCGCACCUCCUCCUCGCGCUGGUGCGUCGCGUGGCUUAGCAGGCCGCUCACUGGCUAAACCCGCUGCGGCACCUGCUGCUAUGCCUCCAGCAUCGCCCCCACCUUCAAGCGGCUUGACAGCUGUCGAACGGGCGGAAUUGGAGGAACUUCGCGCUUCAAACGAGAGAUUGUCUCGACAGGUGGAUGACAUGAAACAAGAGAGAAGCAAGUUCCUAUCUGAGAUUCAAGAGCUCAAGAACCAAAACGCUGGUCUCAUUGAAGACCACACCCGUGAUGUUCUGAGCAUUAAGGCCAAGGAAACACAACUCGUUCGUGCUCGCAGUGACGCUGAAGCGACCGAGGGGGUCAAUGAUAGACUCCGUCGUGAGCUUGAGCGCUUAAAGAGGGCACUCAGCCGAGCCGAGACCAUUGGAGGCGGUUCUGAUAUCGUCAGUCCAGUCAUGUCACCAACUCACGACGAAGCUGGCAUCUAUCACGAUGGAGGCCAUGCGGCACUUGCUCGCAACAGAGCCAGUUACGCCAGCAAUCUCUCAGAGGAGAAGGAAAAUGGCGAGGUUUCUUAUCCUCGUAGCAAGCUGGCAUCCGAGAUGAAAUAUGGCGCAGGGUCGGCAUCGCCAGGCAGAGCAUCGCCAGCUCGUGGCUACCGCCCUGCUGCUCAGUACCGGGACGAGCAUGCCGAAGCUGCGCCCCCUGUAGCACGCGAACGCCCUGUCUCUUCACUACCUCAGCCAACAAGCAGCAAUGGCGGCGAAAGCUGGAGAAGAGCAGCAGAGGUCACAAGCCAGCUUAAGGCAAGAAUUGAACAAAUGAAGGCCAAGCAAGGUUUGGCAAGACCGUAGAUUAGAGGUUGACUGAGGCAUAGGCGUGCCCUUGUGGACUAUUAUCUUUAACUGAGUGCAUUUGCAGGCGUUGGACGCAUACCCCUUGAUGUUUGGAGUGGCGGUUAAAAUUACGGGCUUACUGGGCUACGGUAGAUGUGGUAUACUUGUUGCGUAAUACAAGUUGUAAUAAUUGUCUGUGAUAAAUUGCUGUGCCUGUUUGUUUUAUUGCUCUAUCAAAAGUUGUAUUUGUGGUCAUGGGCAACUUUAUGUAAGUUCGAGAGUCAACUUUGCUCCCCUCAGCACAAUUUCACCCUCAAUG